UAGAAAAAAUAUUGAAGCGUCGCAGCAGUUUUUUGAUAGGCGUUACGCGCUUUUGUAAAAUGUCCAGUAAUCCAAACUUGGGUUCUCAUUCAUCAUAUGAGGAAGCUGUCUAUGCUUUAAAUGGAUUGCAAAGCAAUGCUGUGGUUUUAAAAAAGGCUAGAGAAGAAAGAAAUACCAAUGCUCAUUUGCAUAUAAUAAAUACUAAGAAACAUUUAACAGCUUUAGGAAUACACUUGGAGGAUUUAGAUGCUUUGAAUAUUAUUCACGUUUCUGGCACAAAAGGGAAAGGAUCAACAUGUGCCUUUACGGAAUCAAUAAUAAGGACAUAUGGAUACAAAACUGGCUUUUACAGUUCUCCUCAUCUGAUUUCUGUGAAUGAGAGAAUAAGAAUAAAUGGACAGCCUUUAAGUAAAGAAGAAUUUGCUAAAUAUUUUUGGGAAGUAUACAGAUCCAUUCAAUCCAGUUUGAAAAAUGGAGAAAGCAUGCCUACAUAUUUUUUAUUCCUCACAGUGAUGGCAUUUUAUGUAUUUGUUAAAGAAAAGGUUCAUGCUGCUGUUGUGGAAGUUGGUGUCGGAGGUCUUUAUGAUUGCACAAAUGUUAUACGAAAACCAGUAGUUGUUGGUGUAACGUCUCUUGGAUUUGAUCAUGUAAAUGUUUUAGGGCAUACUAUUACUGAAAUAGCUGCACAAAAAGCUGGGAUAUUUAAGACGGAUGUUCCGGCAUUUACAGUUCCUCAACCAGAAAAUGCGAUAAAAGUGCUUCAAAAAGCGGCGCAAAAUGUAAAUUGUCCCUUAGUUUUGGCUCCACCAUUAGAAGCAUACGAUAAGAAUAUUUCAUUAGGCAUUCCAGGAAUUGUUCAGAAUGUAAAUGCAUCUUUAGCCCUUCAAUUAGCAAGAGUUUGGUUGUCAAAGCAUGAUGAGGCUUAUAGUGCCGUGUUUGAUUGGUCAAGGAAUCAAGAGUUACUUUUGGAAAAUUCAAACUUGUUUUCUGUGCCUUUAACAAUGGCAUCUCCGUACAUCUUAAACUCAAAGAUAAAGGAAGCAUUAGUUUCCAGUACGUGGCCUGGAAGGUUUCAAGUACUGAAGAAACCUCGCAUCACCUUUUACUUAGACGGUGCUCAUACUCAACAAAGUAUGAAAUACUGUGCUAGAUGGUUUAAUGAAAGCAGUGAAACAGAGAAAACUAACCUCAGAUCCUCUGUGAAGGUUCUCCUCUUCAAUUGUACCGGCGAAAGAAAAGCUGAAAGUUUAUUGGACCCCUUGGCUGAUAUCAAUUUUGAUGCUGUUGUGUUUACUCCAAAUCGAAUCAGUGUUACAAAAGACUCAACUUCAGAUCAAAGUAAUUUCACAGUUGAUCCAGAAAAAGAAAUAGAUCAAUGUGUUACAAAUCGUGAGAUAUGGUGCCAUUUGAUGCGGAGCUUAUAUGAAAAUAAGUUGAACAUUGCAUCCUAUUCUACAUCAGUUUCCAAUUCAGAAGCCCAAGCAAGAUUACAGUGUGAUAACAGUGUGUUGUUCUCUUGCCUGAAGAAUGCCGUCGAUUGGUUGUUUUCUUCAACCAAUGAGUAUGAUCCGUACUUUUCAGAUCCAACAGGCUCAUUGACAGAGUUGCUUAAAAAUGCUGAUCAUAUACAAAUCCUAAUUACGGGAAGCUUACAUUUGGUGGGGAAUGUAUUGGGGUUAAUAGAGAAAAAAUGAAUAUCAGACAUUGGGGCCAUAUACAAAUGAUGUCACACUUUGACCGA